CUCUCCCUCUCCCCCAUCCGGAGCUUAUCUCGGUGCGCAUCGUCAGCAUCAGUUUGAAGUCAAAUCUGACAGCCGCUGCCUUGCCCGCUUCUUUUUCCGCCUCCUUCACUCUCCGGUGGUCAUCCCGUCUCAUUUAAAAGUUCAGUUCAGGCGGGACUGUGGGAGCUGGCUUCAACUUGGGCUGAAGAAAGACAAGGGAAACUCCUCGGGAUUCUCCGUACACCGAGCUCUCAUCCGGACAUUGUGUUUCUCGUGUUAAGAGCUUCUUAAGGAGAAUUCUUGGGAGAUUUCCGACUCUUUCAUUCCUCAAGGAUGAAGCAGCACCGUGGAUUUGUGUACUGAAACAAGCUCCCACUUUCUAACUUCCAUGUUUCAGAAUGAACCAUGAGCAAAGGUUGUGAAGGCCUGUUUCUGUCGCCCUGUUGUGCAGUGAGGCUGUGAGCUCACAGUGGAUACAGCAUGCAUGUGUCGACAUAUCCCAUGAUGCACUCUGCCUGUCCAGGCCUGCUUCUCCUCAGCUUCCUCUUCCUCGCUGAUGCUGACUCACCCCCAAGAUUCACACGAACCCCAGAGGACCAAACAGGAGUCCAGGGGGGAGUGGCUUCGUUUGUGUGUCAGGCCACAGGAGAUCCUCAGCCCAAGAUCGUCUGGAACAAAAAAGGCAAAAAAGUCAGCAACCAGAGAUUUGAGGUAAUAGAGUUUGACGACGGGUCCGGCUCUGUCCUGAGGAUCCAGCCACUGAGGACCCCCAGAGAUGAGGCUGUUUACGAAUGCCACGCCUCCAACUCUGCCGGAGAGAUCACCGCGUCCACAAAACUAACGGUUCUUCGAGAGGACCAGCUACCCUCAGGGUUCCCCACCAUAGACAUGGGCCCCCAACUGAAAGUGGUGGAGCGUUCUCGGACUGCCACCAUGCUUUGUGCUGCUAGUGGUAACCCUGAUCCAGAAAUUACCUGGUUCAAGGAUUUCCUGCCAGUCAACACGUCCAAUAAUAAUGGACGAAUCAAGCAGCUCCGCUCAGAGUCCUUUGGUGGCACGCCCAUACGAGGUGCCCUCCAGAUAGAGAUGAGCGAGGAGUCAGACCAAGGGAAGUAUGAGUGUGUUGCCACCAACAGCGAUGGGACACGCUAUUCCACCCCAGCUAACCUCUAUGUCAGAGAGCUGCGAGAAGUGCGCCGUGUCCCCCCUCGCUUCUCCAUCCCCCCAGCAGACAGCGAGAUUAUGCCCGGGGGAAGCGUUAACAUCACAUGCGUGGCAGUGGGCUCACCCAUGCCUUACGUGAAGUGGAUGCUGGGGGCAGAAGACCUCACGCCUGAGGAUGACAUGCCCAUCGGCCGCAACGUCCUGGAGCUGACGGACAUACGCCAGUCUAACAAUUACACGUGUGUUGCCAUGUCAACACUUGGCGUGAUUGAGGCGGUGGCACAGAUUAUUGUGAAAGCUCUGCCAAAGGCUCCUGGCAUCGCCGUGGUAACAGAGAGAACUGCAACAAGCAUCACCCUCACCUGGGAUUCUGGCAACCCAGAGCCUGUCUCCUAUUAUAUCAUACAGCACCGUGCCAAAGGCUCGGAGGAUCCCUAUAAAGAGAUUGACGGCAUCGCUACGACGCGCUACAGUGUGGGCGGCCUCAGUCCUUACUCCCACUAUGACUUUCGUGUUGCAGCCGUGAACACCAUCGGGCAAGGCCCCUCCAGCGAUGCGGUGGAGGCUCGCACAGCCGAGCAGGCUCCCUCCUCGCCUCCUCGACAGGUCAGAGGUCGUAUGCUGAGCACAACAACAGCAAUCAUCCACUGGGAUGAACCUGAAGAACCUAAUGGACAGGUGGUGGGUUACAGAGUGUACUACACCUCCGACAACAUGCUGCCAGUCAACCAGUGGGAGAAGCUGAUGGUGCGCAGUGCCAACUACAUCACCAUUCAGGGUUUGACCCCUAACAAGACUUAUUACAUCAGAGUGUUGGCCUUUACCUCAGUAGGAGACGGACCGCUCUCCCAGGACCUGCAGAUCAUAGCCAAGACUGGAGUUCCAUCACAACCUUUACAAUUUAAGGGCGAGGCCAAGUCUGAGACCAGUAUCCUGCUGUCCUGGGUAGCCCCACCCCAAGUGGGUCCUGACAACCAGAUCACUGGAUAUGAAGUGGUCUACCGACGUGCUGACGAAACAGAGGAGAGGAAAAUAAGCUUUGAGCCUACAACCUCCUACCUGUUGAAGAACUUGAAGCCUUUCUCCACCUACACCUUCCAGCUGGCUGCCAAGAGCAAGCAUGGAAUCGGGGCGUAUACCAAUGAAGUGUUCAUCGACACACCACAGACGCUUCCUUCAGCACCUCCCCAGGACAUCACAUGCACGAGUCCGACUUCUACCAGCAUCCUGGUAAGUUGGGCUCCACCUCCUCUGGAGUUUCAGAACGGCAUCAUUACAGGAUACUCCAUCCAGUACUCCACUACAGAGGGCAACAAAACAACUAGAAGAGUUGACGGAAUCCCUCUGGAGAGUUCCCCCUAUCUCCUGGAAAACCUGGAAAAAUGGACUGAGUAUGGCAUAACGAUACGAGCGCAGACCGAAGCAGGCGAUGGACCGGAAAGUUUACAGCUGCUUAUCCGCACAGAGGAGGAUGUUCCAAGUGGUCCUCCACGAGGAGUUGAGGCAGAGACUGUGAACGCCUCGGCCAUUAGGGUGAAAUGGCGAGCACCAGCGCCUGAACGGCAGCAUGGUCAGAUCAGAGGCUACCAAGUCCACUAUGUGAAGAUGAACUACGGCGAGCCGCAGGGGCAGCCCUUCAUCAAGGACAUCCUCAUGGAGGACUCACAGUGGGAAUAUGAUGACUCAACUGAAUACGAGGCGGUUCUUGGAGACCUGAGGGCAGACACUGCCUUCUCUGUAUCAGUCGGGGCUUAUACCGCCAAAGGCGAUGGUGCUCGCAGCAAACCUGUUACAGUCUGCACCGCCCUGCCACUGCCCGACAAGCCCAAACUGAUGGUGAGUGCCACUGCUACAGGUACUGCUCUGCUGCAGUGGUAUCCACCGUUAAACCCACCUACCCCACUGCUCGGGUACCGCCUCACCUUUGGCCGCACCGAUGUCCUUCCCUCUACGGUGGUGGAGUUUCCCUCCAAGGAGAACCGCUAUUCCGCCCAUGACAUCCACAAGGGAGCAAACUAUGUGUUCAAGCUUUCAGCCCGUAACAAAAUGGGCUACGGGGAGGAGGCGGUAAUGGAGGUGACUACACCAGAGGACAACCCAAGUGGAUACCCAGAAAAUAUAUACUCUGAAGAGUCUUCUGCCACUUUCCUCCAACUGGCAUGGAAAGCAGUGCCACUAAUUGAGCAAAAUGGGAGAAUUACAAAGUACUCCGUGCUGUAUAAGGAUAUAAACAGCCGUGGGAACGCCUCAGAAGUUGCGGUGCCCGCUCCAAAAUCGAGUGUGUUGUUGGAGGGUCUGAGUGCCGAUACUGUGUAUGAUGUCAGGGUGUGCGCGUUCACAGUUGUCGGCCCUGGGCCGUACAGCCCCAGUGUCCAGUUUAGGACGCAGCGUCUAGACCAAGUUUUUGCAACCAACUUCCGAGUCAAAGCAGCCAUGAAGAACUCUGUCCUACUGUCCUGGGAGAUCCGAGACAAGAAUCCUGCCCAACCAUUUACUAUCCUGUAUGGAAAAGGCCAGUCUGUGGAAGUGGAUGGCAAGCAGACUCAGAAGCUGAUCACCGGCCUGGAGCCAGACACUCAGUACUCCUUUCUGCUCACUAACCGGGCCAACAGCGCCGGGGGCCUCCAGCACCGCGUCACAGCCACUACAGCCCCAGACAUCCUGAAGACCAAACCCACCGUGGUGGGAAAAACCAACGCAGACGGCAUGGUGACUGUGCAGCUACCAACUGUGCAGACCACAGCCAAAGUCAGGGGUUACUAUGUGGUGGUGGUGCCGCUGAAGAAGCUCCGAGGGAAGUUCCUGAAUCCCACGGAGGAGCCUGAUCAGAUGAACCUGGAUGAGCUUCUGAAAGAGAUCAACACGACAAGUGUCAGUCGUGCCCUUCGCAUCCGCAGGCAGGCUGGCCAGUCAGAUCCCAGGGCUUAUGUCAGUGCUCACUUUAAAACCCUCCCCCUGGAGUUUACGCUCGGCGAUGGACAAAACCACGGUGGCUUCCGCAACCGUGCGCUGCAGAACGGCCAGGAGUACGUUUUCUUUGUGCUUGGGCUGCUCGACCUCUCUGAGAAUACCAUGUUCGCCACUAGCCCUUAUUCUGACCCCGUUACCUCACUGGAUGUGGAUCCAAAGCCAAUCGUGGAUGAAGAGGAAGGACUGCUGUGGGUGGUCGGGCCUGUGCUGGCUGUCGUCUUCAUCGUCUGCAUUGUCAUUGCCAUUCUGCUGUUCAAGAGCAAACCUGACAGAAAAAGAGCUGAGGCUGAAGGCAGAAAGGGCAGUUUUCCCUGCAGCAAAGCCAUGUCAUCUCACCAUCCCACAGAUCCCGUGGAGCUACGCCGCAUUAACUUCCAGACUCCAGCCUACCGUGUAUCAGUGUACCGCGGUUAUCGCCGUUUGUCAAGCAUGGCAAGUCACCCGCCCAUCCCCAUCUCCGAGAUGGCAGAUCACAUUGAGCGCCUCAAGGCAAAUGACAAUCUCAAGUUCUCACAAGAGUACGAGUCCGUCGACCCUGGUCAGCAGUUCACGUGGGAGAAUUCCAACUUGGAGGUCAACAAACCAAAGAACCGCUAUGCUAACGUCAUUGCCUAUGAUCACUCCAGGGUUAUACUCUCCAGUAUAGAAGGUGUUCCAGGCAGCGACUACAUCAAUGCUAACUAUAUUGACGGCUACCGUCGUCAGAAUGCCUAUAUCGCCACUCAGGGUUCCCUCCCUGAGACCUUCGGGGACUUCUGGAGAAUGGUCUGGGAGCAGCACACAGCCAACAUUAUCAUGAUGACCAAGCUAGAGGAGAAGUCACGGAUGCCCUCUUAUUUCUACUCUAAGGUGAAGUGUGAUCAAUACUGGCCAACCCGAGGCACGGAGACCUAUGGCCUCAUUCAGGUCACUCUGCUGGACACAGUGGAGCUGGCUACCUACUCUGUCAGGACCUUUGCUCUUUACAAGAGUGGCUCCAAUGAGAAGCGGGAAGUUCGUCACUUCCAGUUCACAGCCUGGCCCGAUCAUGGUGUGCCUGAACACCCCACACCCUUCCUGGCCUUCCUGCGCAGGGUCAAGGCCUGUAAUCCUCCAGAUGCAGGACCCAUGGUUGUCCAUUGCAGUGCUGGAGUGGGUCGCACAGGCUGCUUCAUUGUAAUUGAAGCCAUGACGGAGCGAAUCAAGCAUGAAAAGGCCGUCGACAUCUACGGUCACGUCACACUGAUGCGCUCCCAGAGAAACUACAUGGUCCAGACGGAGGACCAGUACAUCUUCAUUCAUGACGCGCUGCUGGAGGCUGUGACCUGUGGGAACACCGAGGUCCCCGCUCGCAACCUCUUCUCCUACAUCCAGAGGCUGACGCAGAUCGAAACAGGAGAGAAUGUGACCGGCAUGGAGUUGGAGUUCAAGCGUCUAGCCAGUGCCAAGGCUCACACAUCACGGUUCGUGAGUGCCAACCUGCCAUGCAACAAGUUCAAGAACCGGCUGGUGAACAUCAUGCCCUAUGAGACCACGCGCGUGUGUCUGCAGCCAAUCAGAGGAGUAGAGGGCUCUGACUAUAUCAACGCCAGCUUCAUCGAUGGCUACAGGCAGCAGAAGGCCUACAUAGCCACUCAAGGGCCACUGGCUGAAACUACAGAGGAUUACUGGAGGAUGCUGUGGGAACACAACUCCACUAUCGUUGUCAUGUUAACCAAAUUGAGAGAGAUGGGACGGGAGAAAUGUCAUCAGUACUGGCCUGCAGAGCGUUCAGCCAGGUACCAGUACUUUGUGGUGGAUCCCAUGGCUGAGUACAACAUGCCCCAGUACAUCCUCCGAGAGUUUAAAGUCACUGAUGCCAGGGAUGGACAAUCACGAACGGUUCGUCAGUUCCAGUUCACUGAUUGGCCCGAGCAAGGAGUGCCAAAGUCAGGGGAGGGAUUCAUUGAUUUCAUCGGCCAGGUCCAUAAAACAAAAGAACAAUUUGGCCAGGAUGGGCCAAUUUCAGUGCACUGCAGUGCUGGAGUAGGGAGGACUGGUGUGUUUAUCACCCUGAGCAUCGUGCUGGAGAGGAUGCGGUACGAGGGCGUGGUGGACAUCUUCCAGACGGUCAAAAUGCUCCGCACACAGAGACCUGCUAUUGUUCAGACAGAGGACCAGUACCAGUUCUGCUACCGGGCCAGUCUGGAAUAUCUGGGAAGCUUUGAUCACUAUGCAACAUAAUCCCCGGUGGCAGUCUCUCAUGCCACAUCCCACCUAGUGCACUUUUCUUAGGUCACAUGCAGCCUGAAUUAAUGCAUUAGGCCGUGAUGUUUCUUUGAAGAUUUCGCCACCACAUGCAGAGUGAAGGGGGACCAUCGGCUUCUCCCGUACCCAGAAACAGCACCUCUAACUGAGCCAUAGCAACCCCGCUUGACAAGGGUGUUUCCUUCCACCCUCAGCCCAAACAUGCCACUGGUCAGUCUGACGAAGCAACUUCAACCAUUGUUGCACUCAGAAUACUUGACCGGAUCUAGAUUUUUAUUCAUUUCAGUGCUUUUGCAAGCACCCAGAUUGCUUUACGUUGUUUGGGUGUGGAACUCUCACCUCGUCCACCACCAGUGUAGCAUCCACCAACGAAAAAAACAGGAGCCAGCCACAGUAUUUAGCUGUCACAGGAAAUUUUGAUUUUUCUAUCUUGAGGACUGUCAUGAAGGAGACUACAAAUCUAUCUUGUGGGAACCUCGUGGACUGAAACAACUGGGACUUUGGAGCACCAGAGCAUUGCCAACGGGAGAGUGGAAACACAGAGCACACAGUAUUACAAAAAAAGACCAAGAACACACACAUACACAUCUGAAAGAGACACAGUAGUGUUUUGUUCUGUUUUGUUUAGGAAAUGGACUCAUUUUCUUGAGAGUGAAAACAACGUUUCUACCAUAUAGUAAUAAAAACCACCAGUUCAACCUUAUGCGUCACGAUUUAAGGAACUGAACAUUUGAGAGAAGUCUAAAAUGCAUAUAACACAAAGUAAAGCAUUCGUUUAGUUUUGUAGAAAAAUAGAGAUAAGUGAUUUAUUUUGAUUAUUUUUUUUCUUUUCUUGUUUUAAACUGGGUUAUUCCCUAUGGCACGUUGUCCCCUCUGACCAUACAAGGCAAAGUUCUGUGUUAUCCAAUGAGCUGAUGCGUUGUGUUUUUUUUUGGUUAUUGUUGUUUUGUUUUUUAAAGUGAUAAGGUACUGUUUUUAAGUGUACAAUCAAAUCUAAUGUGGAGAAUGAUCACAGUUCUAUGAAAAACACGCCCACUGAGUGUCACUCGCUCGUGUUCUCUAACCACUCUCUCCCUUUUUGAAUAAAAACACACACGUCCGCAUGCACACAAGAUCUGCCCGGUGACCCAAGACCGACGUCUCUUUCUUUGUUUUUUUUAAUCGCCCUCCUAGGGGCCCCCAAGUGGUAGAGUACUCACCGUGCUGCUACCAGUCCUAGAAGAAGUUCUCCUGUGUGCACGCUGAGAGAAAGAACUAUAAGGAGAGUAUGCACAGAAAGCAAAAGUAUUAUUAACAAAAACAAAUAUUUAUGUGUCAAAUAAGCUUCACAAAGAUUUUUUUCAAACAGGGAGCGAGAGGGUGUCGAAAAAAAAAAAGGGA